UUUGUGAUCCUGCUGAACGCUGGCAUGAGCAUACAGCAGGCUCUGUUCUUCAACUUCAUGUCGGCCUGUUGCUGUUACCUGGGCAUGGGCUUUGGCAUCCUUGCCGGCAACAGCUUCUCCCCCAACUGGAUCUUUGCCCUGGCGGGGGGAAUGUUCCUCUACAUCGCUCUGGCAGAUAUGUUUCCAGAGAUGAACGAGGUGAGUCGUGAGGAGGAGGAUGCAGGCGGCAGCAGCUUCCUUGUCAUUUUUGCCAUCCAGAACGCCGGCCUGCUGACGGGCUUCUCCAUCAUGCUCCUCCUCACCAUGUACUCGGGGCAGAUACAGCUGGGCUAGCUCCGCCUCCUCUGGACCAACACCUGCUCUGAAAUAAAACUGAGGUGUCAGCGUGUUUGUGCUGGGGUAAACUGACCCCAAGGGGAGGGAACUGCUUUCUCUUUUCCAGGACCCCGGAGUCUGGGUAGUUUGGCUGCUGUGCGGCAGGUACCCACACCUCCUCUGCCGUAAAUAUUUGAGUAACCGUUCGUUCAAAGUUCACAAAUGCAGUAGAUCCCAACAGAAGGGGGCAGGCUUCUUUUUUUUAGGUCUUGUCAACCUCUCCCUGACAGCUGCUUAAAGUCUAGAAAUAUCAACUGAAGCAUCGUCUGCAGGGACGAGUUAAAGACUUUUGAACUUACAGUAUGUGCAAUACUCAGCCAGUCACACUUCUCUCUAUUCCCCAGACUUCUGAUCAGCCAUUUUGGCUUCUGAACUUGUGAUUCCCCCCCUCGUCCUUUUCCUCAGUGUACGUCAUUGAGCCACCACUGUAGAGAUUCAACAGUAUUUAUAUCACUUAUGGUCUUUGCCCGCAACGCUUCCUCAGGAGGUGGGAAAAGCACAAUCAGGUUACAGCCGCUGUAUUAAUAACAUUAUUGAGUCUCUACUGUUCUGUUCCCUCCUUUUCCUUUUAUCAUUACAUACCAAAAAUAAUUUGUUAUGGAUCUAAACUGGAAUUUUAAUGAAGUUUCGACAUCAAACUGACUUCCUGCUGGACUCUGUUGUUUGUGCGUUCAUUUUUUAUACAUGAGAAGAAACCUGAAGACCAAAUAUGGGCAGGUCAUUGAGAAUGGUGAAGGGCUACACAGUGACGUUUGGUGGGCAAACUUCUCUUCGGCAUGCAGUCGGAAAAUCCUCAAUGAGGCCUGGUUCGGAUAUGUGAAGCGACAUAAAGACCAGAGUUUGUGGCUUCAUCCAGGCGACAUUUUGUCCAUAUAGUUAACCAUCUGUGCCCCUUAUUAGCAGUGAAUGUAUAUAUAUAUAUAUAUAUAUAUAUAUUACAGUGACAUUCAAAAUACUUUAAGCUGAAUCAUAUAUGCACACACACACCUCGCCUUCUUUACUGUAACCUUAUCCAUAUUAAUCACACAAAAUACUGAAAAAUGAAGUCAUAUACUAUAUAUUAGGUUUUUAUGACUAACCUGUGAGUUACAUUACAUGGUCUAAAGUAUGUGGACAUGCUUGUAUGCACUUCAGGUCUGGGGCAGUUUUUCAUUGUUGGCUCCAAUUUGUCCCUCUAAAAUAUUACUGUUGUGUUUGAUUUACAGAUGAAUAUAUAUAAUAUCUGUAAAACUUUGACAGCUAUUCUCAGGCAAAAUAAAAAUAUUUCUACAAAUUGUAGUACAAGCUGGGUUAAGCGUUACUUAAAUGAAUAGCUGACACAGUUAGUCAAUUGCCCUGCAAUGAUGUUUUUUUCAGUUCUUAUUUUGGUUAAUGCUAAUGUUUUUUUUGUUGGACAAAUUCCCCAAACUCACUGGCUCCAGCCAUUUUGCCAUGUUGGUCAACAAAAACCAAUCGGAGCAGACUGGGCUCUGGUUUCAGACAGAGGUUGAAAAGAGGUGCUGCAGCACAGGCAGUAUGAGAAAA